GGCGGCGGCGGCAAACGGCAGCCUGUGCUGAUGACAAGAUGGCGGCGGUGGCGGCGCCUCUUCCCCCGGAGAGCAGAGCCCUGACUUACUGCGUCCACAAAUGGUCCAGUUACUCCUCCAGCUACAUCCCCGAAAACAUUUUGGUGGACAAACCUCACGACCAGUCUUCAAGAUGGUCUUCUGAGAGCAACUACCCUCCUCAGUAUUUGAUCCUGAAACUUGAGAGGCCAGCUAUAGUCCAGAGCAUUACCUUUGGCAAGUAUGAAAAGACCCACGUCUGCAACAUGAAGAAGUUCAAAGUUUAUGGGGGAAUGAGUGAAGAAAACAUGACCGAACUGUUAUCAAGUGGCUUGAAGAAUGAUUACAACAAGGAGACCUUCACCUUGAAGCACAAAAUUGAUGAUCAGAUGUUCCCCUGUCGAUUCGUUAAAAUAGUUCCAUUAAUGUCCUGGGGCCCCAGCUUUAACUUCAGCAUCUGGUAUGCUGAACUACAUGGGAUAGAUGAACCAGAUGUUGUGCAACCAUGCCUUAACUGGUACAGCAAGUACCGUGAACAGGAAGCCAUUAGGCUGUGCCUGAAACAUUUUCGCCAGCACAACUACACUGAGGCCUUUGAGUCACUGCAGAAGAAAACUAAGAUUGCAUUGGAGCACCCGAUGUUGACGGAACUGCACGACAAGUUAGUCCUCAAGGGCGAUUUUGAUGCUUGCGAAGAACUGAUUGAAAAAGCUGUAGAUGAUGGCUUGUUUAACCAGUACAUCAGUCAACAGGAGUAUAAACCCAGGUGGACACAGAUCAUCCCACAGAGUAGUAAAGGUGAUGGUGAAGACAACAGACCUGGGAUGAGAGGAGGUCACCAGAUGGUAAUUGACGUUCAGACAGAAACUGUAUAUUUAUUUGGUGGUUGGGAUGGGACGCAGGAUUUAGCAGAUUUCUGGGCGUAUACUGUCAAAGAAAACCAGUGGACUUGCAUAUCUAGAGACACAGAGAAGGAGAAUGGCCCCAGUGCCAGGUCCUGCCACAAAAUGUGUAUUGACACGACUCGGAGACAGAUCUACACGCUUGGCCGUUACCUAGAUUCUUCUGUGAGGAACAGCAAAUCUCUGAAGAGCGAUUUCUAUCGUUACGACAUAGACACUAAUAAAUGGACACUGUUGAGUGAAGAUACAUCUACUGACGGUGGGCCUAAACUGGUAUUCGAUCAUCAGAUGUGUAUGGAUUCCGAAAAACACAUGAUUUACACCUUUGGUGGAAGAAUAUUAACUUGCAAUGGCAAUGUCGACGAUAGUCGAACUAAUGAGCCACAGUUCAGUGGCCUCUUUGCUUACCAUUGCUCAGCAAACACCUGGAAACUACUUCGGGAAGACUCUUGCAAUGCUGGACCAGAGGAUGUGCAGUCUCGGAUUGGACACUGUAUGCUCUUCCAUACUAAAAAUCGGUGCCUUUACGUAUUUGGUGGGCAGAGAUCAAAAACCUACCUGAACGAUUUCUUCAGUUAUGACGUAGAUAGUGACCACGUGGAAAUCAUAUCUGAUGGGACAAAGAAGGACUCUGGUAUGGUUCCAAUGACAGGUUUCACUCAGAGGGCUACAAUUGACCCAGAGCUGAAUGAGAUCCAUGUUCUCUCCGGCCUCAGCAAAGACAAGGAUAAACGGGAAGAAAAUGUCCGGAAUUCUUUUUGGAUUUAUGACAUUGCUCGGAACAACUGGUCCUGUGUUUACAAGAAUGAUCAGUCUAUAAAGGAUAAUCCCAACAAGGGUCUUCAAGAGGAGGAACCGUGCCCUCGAUUUGCUCACCAGCUGGUCUAUGAUGAUAUGCACAAGGUUCACUAUUUGUUCGGUGGGAAUCCUGGGAAGUCGUGCUCGCCUAAGAUGAGACUGGAUGACUUUUGGUCGCUCAAGUUGUGCCGCCCUUCCAAGGAGUAUCUGCUGAGACAUUGCAGAUACCUCAUCAGAAGACACAGAUUUGAGGAGAAAGCCCAAGCAGAUCCUUUAAGUGCUUUAAAAUAUUUACAGAAUGACUUGUACGUGACUGUGGAUCACUCCAACGCAGAGGAAACUAAAGAGUUUCAGUUACUGGCUCAGGCACUCUUCAAAUCUAGUUCGGAUUUCAUCCCUUUAGGUUUUUCAGAUGUUGACCAGAUUUACGCCCAGCGGACUCUGCUAUUUGAUACCCUAGUAAACUUCUUCCCUGACACCAUGACCCCUCCAAAAGGCAACCUAGUUGACCUCAUCACUCUGUAACUGGACUCUGAUCGACUUGUUCUCGAGAAAUUGAAAGAAAACCACCAAUUUGAUCUGCUGUUUUAUUCUGGCUGGGAUUGGCUUCUGUUUUUUGGUUUGGUUGGCAAAGAUGGUUUACAAUAAUACAUGCAUUGUCUUUCACUGGCUUUAUUUUGAGUGUUCACGGGCUCAAAAACUGUGUCAGAGCAGAAAGCUUUGUGAAAGUGGAUUUGUUUCUGUUUUGUGGUUUAAGCCCUUCACCAUAUUGGCAAUUUAAAAAAUAACUAUUUUGAGAGAUUAAAAGUUGCAGUGAUAAAUACUGCCAUCCACAGUAUCACUCUAAAUCGGAAUUGGUCUAGUAGAAUUCUUGGAAUAAUAAUACAGAAAUGUAGAUUGACUUGUAUCUGUGAUGUCUUAGCCCACUUUGACUUCAUCCAUCAGUCUGCUGACCCAUACUCUGCCUGGUCUAGGUGUCACUUUGCAUCAGUAUUAAGAAUAACUUGCACUUGGGGGAAAUGGAUUCAUUCACGAUGAUUAAUUUACACACAUUGUGUGUGUGUGUGCGUGUGUGUGUGUGUGUGCAUGCGUGCGUGCGUGCAUGCAAACUCUGAAAUUACACAAUGGGUGUUUAGAUUUGAUCUCAAUCCAUUCCAAAAGAAACAUCACUGCCACAGGGUUGUGGGGAGUUUACUUUUUGUCACACUAAGCUAAUUAUAGCAUGUAUUAUAUUUACUUCUCGUGUUUCAAUUGGAAUCACGGCCUCAGUAUAAAUACAGAGUACCAUUUUCAGAUCCCUGCAGAAAAGCUUGUUGUGGUCGGAGCAAAGAAGGAAUUCAGCUGCCUGCAAUUAUGCGAGCUUUAGGAUGAUGGGAGUGAAGAGUGAUUUGUGAUGUUGCUUCUUCGGGAGAAGUAAAAUAUUCCCACAGAAAUGUCUCUAAAAGUGUGGGUUACGAGAGGCCCUCGUUUCUGUGGUGGCUGAUCCACCGAUCAGUUGUUGAGCCUGUUUUUAAAUGGACUGACCUGCACAGCACAGUGCAGUCAUGUAUUUUGAAACAAGCCAUUCUCUCAUUUUGUAAAUGAGCUAUUAGUACAUUCUGACGUUUCUGUUCGUAACUGUGGGUUACUGUUUGGUGUUUGAUGAUGAUGUGGACUAAAGGAAAAUUGAUGGCAAAUUAAUCAGAGACCUGGAAGAGCUGGGAAAAUAUUUGUGUGUAAACAAGCUAGCUUUUAAUAGGUAUUGGCGCCAUAGUUCUGACUUGUGAAGGAUGUUUCCUGCUAAAUUCGAGGACAGCCACAGUGUCUAUCUUUCUAAAUUUAAGCAAACUACCGGAUGUUCCUUCCAAAGUAACUAUAAAAUCCCCUGUUAUGUAUCAAGCGAAAUAAACCUGGGUGAAAUGACUGUGAUGCAUAAUUCAGUAAAUGUUGUCUCACCAAUUGCUUCCAAGACACAGAGCAUUCUAAUUUAGGGUGCUUCGACUUACAGUAAUAAGAAAGGGAUCCAGACUUUUGUGAUUACUCAUAUCUUUAUAAUCUGUUUAGUCUGACCUGUUUUCAGCAGAUGAGUCAAGUUAGGUUAUCAGCUAUGACGUGAUUUCUUAGAACCCAGUGCUAAAUGCCUUAAAAAAUCAUUCUUCCCUGACCUCUCCCCUCUCAGCUAUCUUUACAGUAAUGAAGAAGCAGAUGGGAAAUGCAUUUGUAAAAUUGUAGCUGGGAAAUGGGAACGUCGAUCCAGUACUUAUUACAGCUUGGUCAUUCUGGCACAGGUGUCAUAAAAUGGCUUGAGCUUUUUUACAUCACUUUUAAGUCCUUUAGGAGACUGAAUUAUUAUCAUAAUUGUUCUGAAGUGAUUUUGCAUCGAGGUGACCUUCUAAAAUGCCCUCUUAAUAAUAUGCAUGAUUAACGUUUUAUGUGUUGAUUCUUUAGUAGACUUUUUCUAAUAUUACAGAUAAUUUUGGGGUAGAAAAGAAAUGAAUACCCGCAGCAAAUUAAUGACUGGCUUGGUUUGGUGUUUGAGGGCUUUCACCUGGCUCAAACGAACUUGUACCUAAGUUGCUUCACCUGUGUUAUGUAUCUUGUUUGUGCUGCUUAUGCAUGAUUGCUGGAAGGAAUGUCCUCUACAUUAAUUUUGUGUUCCCCGUCUGGAAUGCAAUGCUUAUUCCUAUUUUGAUUUCCAAAUGGUAAUGGUUUAACCGAGGCUCAGAAUAUCAUUUACAAGGUGGUUGAAGGUCUCCUCCAACGUUGGCGGUGCAAUUCAUCUCCUUCCAGGAUCCACGCUCCAAUGUGCAAAGUUCUGUAUUAUACAUGAAAGGCCGUGUUUCUUGAAAGGACAGAAUUUUGUGGGUGUUUGAGCUGGCUGGAGCUCUUGAUUAGAGGGGAUCCGAUCAAAUUGUUUUUUUACUUUACUUGGGUAAAAUAUUAGACCCAUAAUUACAGCUGUUGUAUUGGCUAUUUUCUUGGAGUUAUGUUGUUUGGAUGGGAUGGAGGUGGAUGCUCAAAGAAUGGGUGUCAAGCCUGUGAUUUCUAAUUGCUGUUAAGAGUCCAGCAAACCAUUUUCAUAAUACAAAAGCAAUUUAAACGUAUCAAAGAUUUAUUUUAGCUUGUCAAGAGUCUUGCAUCGAGAUCAGUGUUAUUUGUGAUGGCUAGUUUGUGCCUAUGGUCUUCAUUAAAACUAUUGGUGCAGCACUUUUAAUUGAUGGUAACACCCAUUUGGCAAACCCAUUUUUUUUUUUUUUUUGAAGCGUCUCUCGGAGUCUCGAAGCAUGGUUUGCACUUCCCAGUUCACAGGUGAUUUCAAAGAGUGUUAAGGUGUUACUUAGGCACCAGAGUGUACGGUAUAUAAAUCCCAUUAACAAUAAUCGAGGAGAUUAUGGAUAAGUUAUGUGUUCUACCAAACAAAUUGGUGCUUCACUCUUGUAUGCUGAUUUUUAUUUUCUUAGAGGAGUGUUGUACCUUAGUAAAAGUGUGAUUUCAUUAAAACCCUUUUCUCUUGUCAGCUGAUGCUAAUAUAACUGUGGUCUUGUGAUAAUUUGUGUGUGUAUAUAUUAUAUAUAUAUACACAUAUAUAUAUAAUGUAUAUAUCUAAACAUUUUAAAAUUGUGUUGUGAAAGCAGUGCAGUAAAAUUGUAUAUUUCAGUGGCGCUAACCAAAAAUACAAGCUUCAAUGAUGCAACGUAAGACAGCUCAAAGAGUAAAGGAACUGAACAGCUGUAAUGCAUUCUUGAGCCCUGGCUAACUAUUGUUAGACCCGGCCUUUGUAUCAUGCAGACAAAGUCGAUCGUGUGAGUGUUGGAGUUAAUCUGUUUGUCGAAUGAGUGACAUUUGCUUUGAAUGGGUGAUUCAGUGAUAUUUUUCUGCAGGACCGCAAACCAGUGAUUUGUUGAAAGACUUGCAACCCAAGGUCACGGUAAAAGUAGAAAGACAUUCUUGUAAGUGGAAGAAAGCUUCCCAAACAGCAAUAUCAAUGUCAAGCUGUGUCAGUUUAGUUGGUGAGACUCUCAACAGUUACCCCAAUGCACACUCUGAGGUCCCCAGCCUUGGGUUUUGCCAACCUGUGGCUAUCCUUUAGCUAAGCAGGUUGCGUCCCUCCACGGAGAGAGCGCACGUUCCAUUCCAGCAAUCUGUCUUUGGAAUUUCCACGUGUAGGGUGGGAUGUAUGGAGUUGUCAGCUUGCUUUGGAUGCUCUUGAGCACGGUGGUGGGUUUCCACAUGUGUCAGACGCUCGGCUGACCCAAACAAAAUUUAACGUAAGAGACAAAGCUUUCGGAGUUUGGGAUUGAACUAUUUCUCCUGUAAGGUUUUGACUCUGAUGCCCUAAAUUGGAAAGUGUUCAUUCUAGUAUCCCUCAUGUAAAUGAGUAAGGUUCAAUAUGCGUACAGCGUGACAGGUAAAGCUUCGAAAGGGCUGGGCUAAAUUGCUCUUUAACGAACGCUAUGUAUUCCAGCCCUACUCUGGCAACAUUUCUGUCUGACAAACUGUGAUAUUAUGUCUGAAAAGACAGUGGUAAGAGUAUAAAUUUUGUAAAAAAAAGUCUCUGGUCCUGUAGGAAAUCGUUUUGGCAUUGGGGCAAGUCAGAGCCUUGGUUCGAUCCUAACCCACGCAGGUUUGCUAUCUGAGAAACUAUUCAAACAUAAUGUGAACGAUAGAGCGGUCAGGCAGUCUUUGCAUAGAAAACGAGGUUUAUACACCACUCUUUGAAUCAGCUUCUUGGAAUCAAAUAACUGCGAGGGGUUAGCUUCUGAAUUAAAUUUGCUUUAGUUAGCUGGAAUUUAUUUAUGUUCGGGCUGCUCGUGCCUGUUUCUUUGCAACCUUUAAGACUUUGCCUAGAGUUGCAAACUGCGCUGAAGCAGCAUUGUUGCACGAUUUUGGCUGAAAACAAAUCAAAAAGGUUUGGAAAUCUUCAAGUAUUCCAUGUUUGUAAACUCAACAGCGACUGGGACUCUUGAUUUUAAUAUGCAAGAUAGGCCAGGUCCUCUCACGUCUGCCCCGCAACCCAAGUGCCAUGUAAGUUAGCCAUAUUAUAAGAAUUUUGUCGCUUUUGAAAGACUUCAAAUUGUACUGUGGUUUGUUGAACAGAUCUGGUAGGAACCUCAGGUAGUGAUGGGUUGAAGCAAUGAUCUUUCAUCUCCUCAAAUAAAAAAUUCUUGUGACUUGCGUCAGAAAUAGAAAACUGAGAUAGAUCAGCGAAGUGGGCAGCACUUAUUCAGUCAGGACCAUUCAUGCUGAUCCAGAGUAGCAGUUGUUUUAAGGAUAAGGUUAUUAGUUUGGAGUCAGCGUAGAAAUCUGUUUGCUGCCGCGUUUGCAAAACCGGGAGUGCAUUUCCUUAGGAUUGAAGCAUUUCACCUGGAGCUCCGACUUUAAUUUGUAGACGUGUCGUCAAGUGACUUUCUAAUCUUACUGUGCAAAGUCUGUAAUGAGAAGCCUGAAGCUGGAACAGGACAUUUGCCUGUGUGUGGAUGAAUAACCUAUAUUGAAACUGAGUUGACUCACUAGACUGAUUGAAACGCUACUGUUUUUUUAUAAACCAUGAGAAGGGAGAGGAAACAACAUGCAGUUUUAUUUGCCAGCUCAGUUCAAAUUAUAGGGACUUGAAAUAAAUGGGAUCAGUUAUAAUUGGGCCUCAACAACAACAAAAAACAGUCCAGCUUCUUUUAACAUCCCUACAAGGAAAAGUGUGAGUUUUAGGAAGAAAAGAUCUGAAAAUACACCUCAACGCAGUUAAAAAGUAUGAAUUGACCGGCAUUGACUGACAGUCAACAAACAACCCCAGAAGAAGAAGUUUUCAAAUUGGUUUUCUGAGAAAGGAGCUUUGAGAAACUAGUUAAGCCACAGUUCAGACCUGCAAAGUCCCACACCAGCAAAAGCUCGAAAUCUGGAGAAUGGAGCAAACCUAGUAAGCAGUAUGAGGUCCAAAAAGAAAUGGGAAAUAAAGCCAGGUGGAUGAGAAGGAAGGAUAAUGGUGAGGGAAUUGGAUUUGGAGAUGUAUGUACUACAGUUGCAAAAGGUAGAAAAGAAAAUGGGAGGGCAGGAAGAUGAAAGAGCAGAAGUGAUUAGCUCUCAGUUAAUGAACCACUUGUACUUUUUCUGUCAAAAAGCUUGAUUUGAGGCCCGACUGCAAUUUGUUUGAAUUUUAUAGCGUCCCCAACUUUCCCCGUAAUCAAAAAGGAAGCCCUGCACAAUUCUCCGAAAGGGGAAAUAACUGCGAACCAAAGUGCUGUAAAAUGAAGUUAGAGUUUGUGUUGACAGCCUUAGAGUUGGAUGAUCUCUCAGUGGAGCAGUGAUGGAAAUCAAAAUCUUUUAGAGCCUUGAAACUGUUUUCAAAAAAUCUUCUUUCCAGACAGAUUAGUGCGUUUUAAUUUUAAAACAGGCAAAUCCCUGGUGAAUCGGAGGGGAGGGGGAGUGGGGGAUGGGAUGGGGUUUAAAUGAACAAACUUGCCUCUAUUCAUUUUCACAUCAAUUUAAGAAAAACCCAGUUUAAAUAGCACUUCAGUAUACCAUGUUUUAGAACAACUUGAAUUGUCUCAGAACUAAGCUCUUUCGGUGUCUCAAGACGCAGCUGAGGAGCCAGUAAGUCCUCAGUUGGUUUACCUCAGUCGACAUUUGUUGACCUUGGCAUCCGCAGUUUAACAGGCCAGUUAGUGAAGAUCGGCCAUGUGUUCUUGAAGCUCGUGCUGUGAUUUAUUUCUUUAAGAAUUUUGUGUUUGCAGUGUUAUUCUUCUGUCAAAGGAGCAAGGAAGCCGACCGGGCUCCUUAAACACAAGAGGAAUCUUUGCGUGCUGUGUUUUGAAUCCUACAGUUCAUCGUGGAGAUGCGGUCCAGACUUUGUUUCACUGCAGACUGCGUGCUUAAGAUACGUAUUCUAGGCCCAGCGCCAUUUUAUUUGGAGCUGAGAGUCGGAACUGUUUUGGCAAUGUCCUGCAACACGAUGUAGAACAAAAGCCAUCACUGCUGGGUCCUGUAUACCCAUUGAUUUGAAAGUUCUUCAAAUCCCUGAAAUAGUCAAUAUAAAAAUCAUAAGAACCAGAAAUCUGAAAUUGGUGCAAUUGAACAUCAGGUCGAACGAGGUUGAGUUUGGGUGCGUUCACCAAAGCUUGAGGUUAGAUUGUAAACUUCAGUCUGUUCUUUACGACGCUGUUUCAGGUGGGAGAAUACUUUAUCAUAAAUACAAUUUUUAAACAGAAGAAUUGAGGAGUUUGGGAUAAUUGAAAUGUCCGCAAAGUAAUUAAAUCCCCUUCAGUCCUGUUGGUGAUCGAUUCUGAGUUAUUCAUAAGGUAGCGUGUGUGGCAUCUUGAUUUAAAUUGAUCAUUUGCCCAAAUUGGUGUAUAUAAAGUUUGUACAAUUGUGGGAACUCUUGGUACGUUGAGAGGUUUAAGAAGCACAGAAAGCCUUUGUACUUGUGUGUGUGUGUGUGCAUCUUUGCAAUGUUUAGUUGUAUUCGUUAAGUGGCUGGAGGAGAAUGGGUGCAACAGUGACCAAAUACACUGACUUCUUAACUUCUCGAACUUGAGCUUGAAUCAGCCUCCAGCGAAGUGGUGAUGCCUUCUCUCACACCUUUAAAGUUUCACGUACCAACCAAGUUCUUUGUGGGUGUGAAUGGGUACAACACGAGCCGACACUAAAUUGGCAAUCAUUCCCAGCGGCAGCAAGGGUAGUUAAUGUGGGGAAAAGGAGCUAAAACAUAGGUAGAGUCUCGUAGCGGAAUGGAGCAGGUGGUAUAGUUUUCUGACAUAAGUUUCUUUUCAUAUACGUUUCGCAACAAACACAAAGAAAAAUUCACUGGAAAGAAAAGGUUUGGUUUGGUUCACUGUCAACGAAAGGUGUUGCAAAAAGCAAUUCAGUUUCAGAAAUAAACGGAAUUGUCUUUAAUGCCCUGUGAUUUCGCACUGUUGUAAUAAAUGCUUAACGUUCUGCUUGAUGCUCAGAAGUAAUAAUGGGUUCCCACUGUAUCUGGCCACUGGAUUUAACCAUAAGGUUCUUCUUUUCAUAUCAGUGCAACACAUAUGGCAGAAAUAAAGUGAGUAGAUUUUACAGCAUAAAGCACUUCAACUGGGAGCCCUGUGUAAAAUAUAUGCACAACUCAGCUAAUUGGGUAUGUAAUGAGUAAUUCAAUCUCAAAAGAGGACGUUUCUCUCCCUAUAUAGCAUGGCUCUUUCAUAAUAUAUAUAAUAAAAAAACAAGCUUGGGAGACUCGUGAGGCAGAUGUACUGAAUGAAUAACAUUUCUGCUUGGAAGAGGAUUUGAGUAACGUGCAAAAUCAUCCUCUAUUCAGCUCAAAGCAUUUUCUGGAAGGAAUUCUGCCUUUGCUCACUCGGACUCUGAAAAAAUAUUCUGCAUUUUCCUUCAUCGAUUGGCAUGCAGACUCCCAACAUACACUGCUUUCCUCUGAUGUAAAGCAAAUUUAUUUAAGGCCUGCUUUCCGCGCACCUCUCUCUCCCCCGAAACACAUUGGCUUUGAUUAAGUGCAGUCAUCGGGUCAAUAUCAAAUAAAUUUUUGAUGGAGUAAAGGACUCCAAAGAGCAUGAAACAUUUGCAGUGUUUUAAAGUACAAGAAUUCCUACAUAAAUAUUUUUACCUGUCCAUCCCAGGGUGAACGGAUCAAAAAAAAAUGCCCCGAUUUGUUAGUCAGGAAAUCGCUGAAUAGAGUUUGUAACGCAGUAUGGAAUUGAUUGGUUUACGGUGAAAGAUUGUUCGCACUGAAUGGUAUGGUGACCUGUUCAGCUGUUUAGCCAUAAGAUUAUUAGGUGGAGGGAACAAUCAAAUCUGUUGUUGCUUAUGAUCUGACCAGAGACCUCAGUGAGCAACGAGGAGAUAUUUAUAAGGUUCGAUGUUCUGGGAAGCUAAUGAAAUUCUUACGGUGGCAUCCCUCUAACCCUCUCCUAGCUGGCUUGUUGAAUUUGGUUGUCAUAGUCCACAGUUGUGUUGGGGCUGUAUUCAGAAGGGCUUGGUAUAUUGUCAUUCCACCAAACACUGGUGUAUUUUCUUUUCAAACAUUAUUAAGAUGUAUAUGCGGACAUUGAUGGCUUGUAAGAGGAUGGGGUAGUGGAUGGGUGGGUUGGAGAGGAGAGGAAAGCCUAAUGGGUUGCGAUUUCUAUAACCUGUCUGGCUGGGCAGGAGAAAGGUUGACAUGGGACGUGCUUUUAAUAGGGUGUAUGACCACUGCUGUCGUGGAAAUCCAAGCGGAUAUAAUCCGGAUCUUCUCAUUUCUUCACCUGGCGGUGCUCCGUUGCUUUAGAAAGAGAGGCUGUGCUCGCUUUGCUGAUCUUGGCCCAACCGAACAUAAAACUGACUGGAUGUCGUGGACCAGUUUUGCUAUCCCUAAGUGCAGAACCUCCGAAAAGGUCAAUGCAAAACUUGGUAACGCUAUCCUAUCCCACUGUAUGUUCUGUAUUUAUCGCUGGGUCGAGUGACGUAAUUGUGGUGUGUGUGUGUGUAUAUAUAUAUAUAUAAUUAGAAAAUUACUGUUGGGUAAAUGAAUUUGUGGCCAAAGGACUUUGCAGCGUGUGGUUAAAGCUUUCAAUUUUUUAAAAUCUUGGGUUGUUUAACCCAGUUUUGGUGCUUCAGUUAUUCUUAUUUUUUGGUGUGUCUGUAAUUGGAUUAGUGCACAAGGGCCUGUAUAUUCACGAACAUUUAUGCAAUCCAUAAUAUGUGGAUUCCCAUUAUAUUUUGGGGACAUUUGUGAAUAUCAGUCCAGAGACGUUUCAUUUCUCUCCUUUCGAACCCUCGGUGAUUUAUUUUCUCUCUCUCGCGAUCCUUUGUGACCGAAUGCCAUAUUAUAGAUGAGUGUCACGACUGCUGUGGGUUUCAAUCCUGGCAGUUUCCAUACAUUUGCUUGAACAAAAUGGUAGGAAAUUGUCUUUGUUUCCACCCCUCGCCCCCCUUUUUUUUUUGAAAAGUAUGAUGAUUCCCCCAAUCCUUCUUUGCUAAAAAAUGUAUACAAUUGAUGCACUACUCGUGAAUAACUGAAUGUGUAGAUCCAGUAAACAAUUGCAACUGUAGAAUUAUGUUGUAUGUAAUGUACAUAUGGAAAAGACUAUUUUGUUCAGUUUCUUAAUAAAAAAAACUGAGAAAGCAAA